AUGGAUUUUCUGAGCAGCCGGAGCAGUUUCCGCGCCAGCGCCUUGGGUGACAGCAAAUCGCAGGUUAAAAUUGUUUUUGCUUAGAAAAAUAUUAUAUUUUGUUCUUUUAGAGCAUGUUCAAGGCUCUGCGACGGUUACAUGGCCAAAAUCUCGAGAGUCGGGGUCUCAACGACAUGACCGAGGCUUUUCAAAGCUUCGUCACCCGCGCUCGCUUCUUUUCGAUCGGAAAGUUGAGGUAGGCAUUCUGGAAAUUUCAUCUUUAGACUCACAAAAUUGAAAUAAUCAAGACAAACUAGAAAAGGAAUGUUUUUCAGAAGAACUUGGUCUCAUUCGGCCGCUGAGUUUAUCAAAUAUCGCCGACUUUUACCGAUGCUUCUGGCUGAUGGAGCAGUUUUCGAUGGACAUGAAACAGACGGUUUGAUGAUCUUUAUAGUAGAAAAAAAGAUUUUGUUAACCUGAACUUUUUUUUUCAAUUCGUCAACUUAGCCUGAGAAAAAAAAAAUAAUUCGUUGCUCAGGCACAAUAAAUUUCCAAUUUAUUCAGAUUUCGAUGCAAGUCUGGCCUUCCAAGCGGCGUCGAGAGAUGACAAAAAAAUUGUCGUGACGAAUAUUUCGCCUCGAGUCACUCCGUCUCAACUACAAUCCUUCUUUUCGCAGUAUGGAAAGGUUGGUUUUCCAAAAAUAAAGGUUUAAUCUGUACCAAAAAUAAUGGAAUUUAAAAACAAGGUUUCUGGUCAGAUCCGAAGAAAGGUCAUAAAUUGAGCAAUUAAGAAUCUUUCUUUCAAGUUGAUUUCAAGCUUCCUGGAAAAAAAGUUGGAAAAAAAGCUUGGAUUUUUUAAUCGUUGUUAUAGAUCAAAUCCAAUCUUAAAUUCUUUUUUAGGCGUCUAGUAAAUAUUGGAACUCUUUUUUCUCGCCUCAUUGUUUUUAUUAUCGAUCCAGGAUUCAAAAUUUAUUUUUAUGGAUUUUUGUCUCUAGAAAGUUAGAAAAUAUUGGGAAAGUCACAGCGAAACAUCAAAUAAAGAAAAAGAAGAAUAUAUACUCAUUUUCAGGUCACCCAUUGCUCCCUACCAAGAGAAGAAAGGAAACACUCAAUGUUUGGCACAAUGCCAAAACAUACGAGGAAUUGCGGCACGGCGACUAUUACUUUCAAGUAAAUAUUCUUUAAAAAUAUGCCCAUCAAAAAUUGAAAAGACUUUCUCGAAGCUUGGUUAGAAAAAGAAAAUUGAAUAAAAAAUCACCAAAACCCAUAAAAAGAAGCCUUUCUGAAGCUACGAACUGGGAAAAUCUCUGUGGUCACUUAAGAGGUUGCUCAAGGAUUUCUUGGAAAGGACACUAAAGUGACCCCUAAAACCACCUCUAAAGAAGUCACUACUUAAACUUUUCGUGCUCUCGUAGUACCCCGUGGACUUUUAAAGGGACCGCUAAAUUUUAGCCGCUUCAGUGACCACUAAUUCCACUACUAAAGUGGUCCUUGAAACGUCAAUACCCUAAAGUGGUCGCUAAAAAGUUCCAUUUCUAAGGAAAGCCUUAGAAAAAAGUUUUUAAGUCACUGGUUGGCUUCACUGAUCUCUAAUACAGAAAUAGAACCAUUUUUCGGAUAAGCUUGAGGUUUUCAGAAAAGCCGAAGGGGCGGAAAAGGCCAAAAAUGCGAACCCCGAAGAAUUGAAGCUCUACGAUCAAAGUAUGGUCGUUUCUGCUGUGAGUUUUGCUGCAUUUUAAAAAAAUAUUAUAAAUUUCCGUAGAUCUUUUUCCGUAUUUCGCCUCAUGAUUUUGAGAAAAACAGAAAAAAAGUGUAAAAAAAGGCUUUUUCUUCAAAUUUUUUUCAUGCUCAACCAUUUUCUUUUUUUACGAAGUUGCUAAUGAACUUUUUGGAUAUUAAGGCCGAAUUUCUUUAAAAUUCUAGAAAAUGUUUUUUUGCAGUACAUUUCGAAAAAGAAGGGCGGCAAGGGCUUCGUUCUCAGCGACGAUAGUAGUAAAGGUAUCUGAUUUUUUUUUUUCAUUUAAUCGUGUUCAAAGUAAUUUUGGUGUUUUCAAAAUUGACGUUUUAUUCAAGGAAAAUAACUACGCGAAAUCGCAAUUUUGGAAGUGCUGGGAAAGAUUGGGUCCUAGAACGAGAGUACGAUUUUUACGCGCUAAAUACAGAAUUUCAGUUAAAAAUAUUCUAAGUCAUCCAAAAAAUUUUGAAUUUUACGUCAUCUGGUUGAUGCACUCAAUUUUGAGAUUAAAACGCCUAAAUAUAUUCAAAAUCUAGAAUUUCGUGCUUGAAAGUAGCUAUAUUGUUGUAUGCAGGAUUUUUCACGGCUCGGAGAAUGCCAAUUUUGCCUUUUUCCCGUAAUCAUUUUGAUGACUUCUUCAUCAGACGAAACGAAACUCGUUCCGAAACGCAAGAAAAUUGCUCCAAAACUAAAAUUUUAGUACUGUUUUGGAGCAAGUUUGGGACGUUUAUGAAAACUCUUUUGCGUCUUGAAGCAUGUUGCGUUUCUCUGAUGGACGUGUUUUCCCUACAUUCACUCCGUAAAUUUUAGGACUUGUGUGUGAGAAAUUGAACAUUUUGAUUGAUUAAGAGCAAGACAUUGAGAAAUUAUCUGAAUUGAAGUUUCUCCAGACGGCGGAAGUUUGUCAAGAGCGUCUUCCACACAGUCUUUGGCUUCGAAUUCGGCCAGUAGCGAGGUAAAAAAAAAUUUUAUUUAUGUCUAUUUGUCGAAAUGGCCCGGUAUAUAGAAAGAUCGUAAAAAAAUUAAUCUAGUUGAGCUCCCGUUAUUGUCGAUUUUUAAGCUUGAAAACAGUAAAUUCGUUGCCUGACUUCAAAUUUGCUUCUAACUUUCAUAAAUCGAGUUUUUCUCAAGUUACUGCCGGGCUCAAAGUAAUUUUCGCGAAAUGCAAAACGAGAUCUGAUUCUCCAAAAUUUAGUGAUCUUUUCCUGUCUCUAACGGGUAUUUUGCAUUUCGCGGAAUCAAAUUGAACACGGCAUAUGAUUUGAUGCGAGCAUUAUAACGAAUUAACAAAAAUAUAAUUAUUGAAACGUUGAAACAUGGAAAUAUGUUAACAAGAACCUUUUUCUUUUUUCGAAUGCCGUACUCAUUUUUUAGCUCCUUUUUUUCGAGUUUUCCACGAGAUAAGCACUUUUUAACUAGGGAACUACUCGAACUCGUAAUCGCGGAUCGAGUUGAAACUUUAGUGGUUUAUAGACCUAAGUGAGAGUACUUGAAAACAAGUGAGAAUAUCUGCUGAACCCAAUAGAGAACUGAGAAAAAAUUAGUAGAAAAUGUGAAAAUUUGGCCUGAAAUUUUUCAGUAUGCUGCUUUUUACAUUAUUUUAUACUUUAAUACAAUCGCCUUGAAUGAUCCGGCUAUGAUAAACUCUAAAAAACUUUCUUCCAGCCAAAAGAAGGAGGAAAGCAAAAAUUUGAUAAUUUUCAAGCCUAAACCGUUCAUUUUCGAAAAGCUUUUUCUCAGAAGUCCAUGGGGUUUAGCAGAUAAUCUUUCUUGUUUCUAAGUACUCUUACCCGGAAUAAGCCACCAAUGUUUCAACUCGAAACGCGUACCCGAGUUCGAGUAGUUCCCUAGUAAGUUAAAUUUUGAAUAGAAUAGGAAGUUUUUCAAAAAAAUUAAGUUUGGCCGAAUAAGAAAAAAAAGCCAAAACCCAUUUUUUUAAAAAGAUCUUUUUGUUUUUGAAAUACACUAUCGGAUUUCCUAACUUCAAUGAAACUUUUUCAAAUUCCAGAUCUUCCCCUGGAAAAAUCUUCCAAAACGCGCCCUGGAACUGAUCGUUUCGUUUCUUCCCGUCGCUGAUACGAUCAGAUUGGAAAGGGUCAAUAAAAAGUACCUCGAAAUCUCGAUAAAGGUUGGUUUUUUCUUUGGAUAACGGCUUUUUUUUCAUUUUGGAUGCUUUUUCAUUUUUUACAUUAUAAAAAGCCGAAACUUGAACAUGAAAACAAGAGGGAAGCUCAGUUUGAAUUUCAAAGCGUUUUGACGUCUUUUUUUUAACUUUUCAAAGCUCUUCGAUUCAUUUUCAGAUUUUUUCACGCCUCAAAAUUUGCUUUUUAAGAAAAGAGGAAACUUUCAAAGCUCUUCGAUUCAUUUGUUCAUCUCAAUUUUCAGUCGUGGACCCAUGUGAACAAACUCGUUCUGGCCCGAGAAUCCGAAGGAAAUCGGGGUUUCAACAAGCAGAGACCGCUGAGAAACAACCAUUUGAAGGUUUUUUUUUUCAAUUUUAUUAAAUAUUUUACUUUUCACGGCUUGAAACAGUCGGCUGCGGCAAGAGUUGUUGGUGGGAAUUACAAUUUUUUUGCUUUUUGAGAUUUUUUGCAAUGUUUUUUGUUGAAGUAUUAGGCUUAGUUUUUCAAUAGUUCACUUCAAAUGAUCAUAGAUCAUGUCAGGAUGCCUAUUUUUGACUGAUUUAACUAUUAUUGAAUACCUUGGACCUUUGACUAUGAGAAAAAAUUCAAAAAAAGAAAAAUCUGAACUAAUUCGGAAGGGUUUUUCUAAGUGGCUGGUAAAGAGGAAACUCGGAUUUUUUUCAAGUUUUUUUUUUCGGUUCUUAUGCUCCAUUUUCCUGUAAAUUUUGAUAAGUGGAAACUUUUCAAAGUUGGAUGAAUUUCAAAAAAGGAGCCGAAACGCAUCGCAGCCGCGUUGCGAGUGAACGGCAAAUGCCGCAACCUUCAAGUCAAUGAAAAUGAAUGGAAUUUAUGAACUUUUUCCAGGCGAUCCUCACCCGCGGCGGCGCUCACUUGAAGACCCUGGAUUUGUCAGGAAUUAUCCAUAUUUUGGGCGAUAAGGCCCUGGAUAUCAUCGCCACGUGUUGUCCUAACCUCGUCGAGGUUUGUUGUUAUUACAAAAAAAAAACACUAGAAAUCGAAAAAAAAUGCAUUUUCCGAAAGAAGCUAUGACUUUCGAGGUCCUUUUCAAGUGCGAAUCGUUAAAGUUUUUUUCUUAGCUUUUUUUAAUAUAAUUUUGUGGAAUCUCAGCCCUUAUGUUAAUUUCGAAAUGUAUAAAGUGUUCAAAAAAUUUCAACUGUGUUUUUUUUUUUAAUUACAGCAUUUUUGACAGGCCAGAAAUUAAUGCCGUGUUCAAAGUUAUUUCCGCGAAAUGCAAAAUUAUCUCUGACUCUCCAGAAUUUAGUUAUCUUUCUCGUUCUCUGUUGGCUAUUUUGGAUUUCGCGGAAUCACUUUGAACACGGCAUAAAAAAAUUAGAACUCUUUGAACGCGAUGAAAUAAUUAUAAUUUGAAAAAUGAAAAUUUCGCGAAAUGAGAAGUUCUACCGAAUGCGUCGCUGUGUUUGCGGAGCUUGAGAUAACCGUGAAUGGAUAAAAUCCUUUUUAGGGCUCCAACUUUUUUUUCUGAAAUAAUGUCAAUUUUAUCAUGAAUGACUUUGAACACGGCAUAUAGUCUGUUCAGUUUUUGAAUGUCAAGCAGCUAACUCCACCCCCAAGGCUACAAUAUCUUUUGCGUCAAUGUUUUAUUUACAGAUGAUAAUGCUUCUUUAAUAUGGCUGCAUUUUUUGACUUUUUCAGUCCCGCGCGAAAAAACAUCGACGCGAAAAGGUACCGUCUCAGCAGGGGCGGAGUUAACUACUUGACAUUCAAAAUCUGAACAGACUAUAAACUUGAAACGACUUCAUGUUCAACAAGCACUUUCAAAUGAGCCUCCGGCGGGGGUUAGAGGACGUAUCAUGCGUAAAUCGACAAUAGAUUUAUCAUUGGUGCGCAUUUUUUCACAUCUCUUUCAUUCAUUUUUAUUUCUUCCAUCUUCUCGGACAUUAAUGACGCAAACCGGACGUGCUCCGGACACCUCUCAUCAAUUCAAGGGACCGCUUAAGAAUGCUGAAGCUACUAAAGGGGCCACUAGAAAUGCCCGGGCACGUCCCUUUCGCGAUGUCCGAUUUUUUUUUCCUUUUUGAGAUUUUUUUUGUGCCCAUUUCGAAGUGAUUCCGCGAAAUUCAAAAUAACGACAGCGGGAAUUUCUCUCAUUUCUGUUCUCCUUUGCAAUUCAACACAGAACAAAAAAAAACCCUCAGCUGCUUUUAAGAGCAUUGGGCUGGUACCUGGUAUUUCUUGGCCGGCCUCGCAGUUGAUAGAACUCGGGUCGUCAUGGAUAUCGGCUUCAACUGGACACGCGUUCUCUCAGAAUGUGGAGCUACUGUUGGUUCAAAGAUUUCAAGUAGAUUCUUUUGACUCCAUACUUGUACCACAGCUACUUGCGAGUACUCUGAUUAAACGAGACAUAGUUCCGUGAGGCUCCGCCCACUUUCAGGCUUACGGUGAAAAAUUACAGUAAAAAACCAACUUUUUUCCCAGUGUAAGAAAUCAGCUAAAAAGCGUCGCAAAAGCAAGAUGAGACCUUUUAAGGACUUUUUUGCGUUAAAACCUUUCCGAUCUGAAUUUUUCUUCCUAUGGUAAAAAAUCAAAGUUUGUCGAAAAUAUGAGUUUUGCAUUCACCUCCGAUUUUCAGUGGUUAGGACCCCCGAAGCCCUAGCUGACUUUUAUUCAAUCGAAGCGCCUGACCCUUUUACAUAUGUUGGACAUAGUCCGACAACCACAGACCGGGGUCAAUAGUAUGUCACCAACUCGCUGAACGAUUUCAACUUGAGUUUCGCGAAAACUUUGAAAAAUCUUUUUUUUCGGUUCUUCCCGGAAUUAGAACAAAUUAGUUGUAGGACACAUGAACAUCAAAUCUUUACAGAUUUAAGACAAAGGGAAACUAGAAAAGGCGUUUUCAAUUGAAUUCUUUGAAGCUUGUUUAGAAUAUCGACCCUUACGAUUUACUGGUUCGUCGCAGUUUUUUGCUCUUAUUUCAAGAUUGAGCCUCGAAGGCUCGUAGGUUUUCGUGUUUUUCUUAAACAAGAUACAGUUUAAAGAUACCUGAAAAAGUUUUCAGAGAGUUACUCCGGGGUCGCUAGUACUCCAUCAACAGAUGAAGUUGGCGGCCAAAAAGGCGAAAAUUUUAAAAAAUUGUUUCACUGUCAAAUUCUAUUUCUAUCUUUUCGGAAAACUUUUCAAACAUACAUAAGCUAUAUUUCGAAGAUUCACCUGCCGCUAAAAUCUAGGAAAAACUCUAUCGAAGCAAUAUUCUAUUUGUUUUUCUAAACAAAACGUUUUUCCUUUUGUUUGGAUUGGGUUUUUCCUAAAUUUUUCCUAGAUUUUAGUGGCCGGUAAAUCUUCAAAAUAUAGCUUAUGUAUGUUUGAAAAGUUUUCCGAGAAGAUAGAAACAGAAUGACAGUGAAACAAUGUUUUAAAAUUUUCGCCUUUUUGGCCGCCAACUUCAUCCGUUGAUGGAGUACUAGUGACCCCGGAGUAACUCUCUGAAAAUCUUUUCAGGUAAUUUCAAACUGUAUGUUGUUUAAGAAAAGCACGAAAACCUACCAGCCUUAAAGAGUCAAUCUUGAAACGAAAGCAAAAAAACUGCGAUGAACCAGUAAAUCGUAAGGGUCGAUAUUCAAAAAAAGCUUCAAAGAAAUCAAAUGAAGACGCUUUUUUUUCCUUCCGUUUAAAAUCUGUGAAGUUUUGACAUCCAUCUGUCCUACAAAUAAUCUGUUCUAUUUCCGGGGAGAACCGAAAAAAAAAAAUUUUUUUGAAGUUUUCACGAAACUCAAGUUGAAGUCGUUCGGCGAGUUGGUGACAUACUACUGACCCCGGUCUGUGGUUGUCGGACUAUGUCCAACAUAUGUAAAAGGGUCAGGCGCUUCGAUUAAAUAAAAGUCAGCUAGGGCUUCGGGGGUCCUAACCACUGAAAAUCGGAGGUGAAUGCAAAACUCAUAUUUUCGACAAACUUUGAUUUUUUACCAUAGGAAGAAAAAUUCAGAUCGGAAAGGUUUUAACGCAAAAAAGUCCUUAAAAGGUCUCAUCUUGCUUUUGCGACGCUUUUUAGCUGAUUUCUUACACUGGGAAAAAAGUUGGUUUUUUACUGUAAUUUUUCACCGUAAGCCUGAAAGUGGGCGGAGCCUCACGGAACUAUGUCUCGUUUAAUCAGAGUACUUGCAAAUAGCUGUGGUACAAGUAUGGAGUCAAAAGAAUCUACUUGAAAUCUUUGAACCAACGGUAGUUCCACUUUCUGAGAGAACGCGUGUCCAGUUGAACUCGAUAGAAGUCGAUAUCUUCCAAUGCAUUUUUUCGUUCCCAUUCUCCAGACGUUCUAUCUAAAUGCAAGAUAAUUAGAAAAGGAUUCUCUAUAUAUCAAACUGCUUUAUUUGAAGUUUCCGUCGAUCCUCCAUGAAUUGAUCACAACAAUAUCGUUGAAAGAUUCCUGCAAAGUUUUCAAAAUUGAAAAAAAGAAAGUCAAUUGUAUUAUUUUAAUCGUAAUGUUUUGACUGAUUAGUUAUGGAAAGUCGUAAGUAAGUUAGGGAAGUCUUAUCCAGUCAGGAGAACUAACUAGGCGGUGCGCUAGAGCUCCGCUCGGCCUUGUCAAAACUAAGAUUCCUAGGCGCCGAAGGCCGUGACGGCAUUUUCCGUGGGGUUCCCAUCAUCGCUUUGUCAGCAUCGCGCUGCCAACAGUUUAUGCUUCAGCCACAGCAAUGGGCUUCGGCGUGACUUUGCGUAUCCGAUUUGCAAAGCAAAAAGGAUCGGCACUCCGGGAGUCCCACGGGCCUACUCUACUAGCGCUUACGACUAAGAGAACUAUUUUGAGAUUUAGAAUUUUUUUGGAAGCCUUAAACUCAUCUUGACGUAGAGUUUAGGAGCAAGACGGCGUCGUGACAGAAGUAGAAAUGAGAUUUGCACCCAAGUCAAAAAAGAAGAAAUGACACGUUGACACGUGGUUUUUGUAAGCGUUCAAUUUUUAUAAACUGACGCCUUCCCGAAAGGUUCACGUUUUAUUUUUUGCAGAGGAUGAAAUUUUUAUUUUUUAAUGUCUUGUCAAGUUACGUGAGGCAAGCUGUAAAAAUACCGGAGGCUCUUUCAAAAUAAAAGAAAUGAAAUUGAUGAUUCGCUCUUUUUUUUUGCUUAAUUUCUUACAAGUUUCCUCACUCAUGAAAAUAAAUAAUUCUAUGACUAUAAUACAAAAAACGUUUUCAUGUUCAGCUCGACAUCUCCGGCCUCCACGCCCACGGUGAAGCCCUCCAGGAACUCGGCGAUAAUCUCAGAAGUCUGCGCCAACUUUCCUACAGAGGCAUGGAGGUCACUGGGGACAAGGUUAGAACAUCAACAAUAUUUUCCCGUUUUUUGUGUCUUUUUUUGGUUGGGUCAUGCGAAGUAGAAAUCAAUAUUUCAUCUUCAAAGGUCCAAAAAAACUACGCUUUUUGUUUUAAUUUUUAAACUACGGCGUUUUUUUCUCAAUGAACCGCUCGAACCAACUUCCGUUCAGCUUUAAAGCAAAGGGGGUUCCAUCAAUUUUUCCCGAAAAAAGCCCGUUUCUCAAAUAUGAAAGAUUCGAAAGCUUCAGAAAGAGUUGAUGAUUUAUGAAUUUAGCCUUUUCAUAAGAUGAUAUCUUUAAAUCCAUUUUCAUCGGAUAUCCUUCUGGUUCAUGUUGAAGUCUCUUUGUUAGUGCAUAGCAUAAACUCGAUUUUUGCUUAUUUCAAGACUUUUGGUUUUUUCAAAGUCUUUUUCGAAGUUAUUCUACUAGUCCAUCUAACUAGUAAGAAGAUCAAAAUUUCAUUUUUCCAGGCCUUUUAGCCAUUUUUGAAAUCACUUUCGAAGUCUAUCUGUUAUUGAAUUUUAAGAAGUCGGAUUUUCAGGCCUCCUAGUUCUUGUUGGUGCCUUUUUCGAAUUCUCUCUGUUAGUGCAUCGAAUAAAAUCGAGUAUUCGCCCAUUUCAGGCCUUCUGGUUCUUGUUGAAGUCGUGCGGGUCCUCCCUGAAGUUUGUCGACCUCAGAGGAGCCAAGCGGUUACACGGCCGAGCAUUCCGAUUGUUUGGCUCCCAACUCGAGCAGAUCUACCUCGACGGCUGCACCAAGGUCGAUCCCCUGGCCUUUGAGGAUCUCUGCACGACGGCCGCCGGCCUCAAGGAGCUCCGAAUCAACGAGUGCUACAGGAUCACCGAUGAGAACUUGAGGUUUGCCGUAGGAGAAAAUUUUCUUUCAACAUUUUUCUACUAUUUUUUGACAUGAUCCCCUCUAGGGACCACUUUACCUCCUCCUAUGUGGACCACUGAAGCUUGCAAGCGUUUUAAAAAAAUGAAAAUAAGAUGAAUCGAUCACGUUCUAUCUAUUACUUCUUUUUAGUUUUAAAAUCUGAACCGAAAUUAAAAGACCCCUUCAGAGCCUCUUUAAUUUUACGCCUCUAGGAGGCACUCUUUCGUCCUCUAUUGUGGCUGUUUUUACCCUAAUCCCUCGAGGGACCACUCUGACAUUCCUGAGAACUAUCUUGAAGUUGCGAAGACAAGCCUUUUUGCGAACUAGAAGUCUGGACGGGUAGUUGAUCAAGUUGAAAGCAUGGUCUCACUGUCCUUCGCUUACUUACUUUGUGCGUAGUUCCUCCAUUUGCGCCUUGACGACCUCAAAAUGUAGUGCUCCGUAGACCGUCCUCCAAGUCAAAAUGAGAGCUACCACUUAAGACUUUACACGAAAUUUGGAAGAAAAUGGCGGGAUUUCAGUAUGAUCUCGCGAAGAAUGAGCGACCUGACGGUUCUGACCCUCUGCGGAGACAGUUUCAACUCUCUGACUGCCGCCGGCCUUGUCCACAUUACUCAUAUGACGAGCAUCGUCGAGUUGGCGUAAGUUGAAGUUUCGAAAAGUGUGGAUCCAAAAAUCUUAAAAAAGAGAGAAAAAUUUUUCUCACUUCUGAUCUUUCAGCAGAAAAUUUUGUAUUCUUUCGCAAAAGUUUCCCGUUUUUUUCAUAAUUUCUUCUUUUUUGUUUCUUCAUUAUGGUACUUAAGGAUUUGUAAAAGAACUUUCAAGACGUGAGUUUUAUGAAAAAAAUAUUCUAGCGAUAUGGAAAAAUUGAAAAAGUUGCCGUUGAAAAUUCGCCAACUUUUUAUUCAUACCACCCGAAUUUUGAACUAUCCACCUUCAGUUUGGACUACAACACCCUGGUCAACGACGAACUCCUGAAACGGAUAUCCACGGGCCUUCCGAACCUGUCGUCCCUGAGCUUGGCCAACUCUGGAGAUGAUCUUUCGGUCACACCGGAUGGCAUCGCUUCCUUGGCCAAGUUGUCAGAACUCACGCAGGUUUGAUAAUGAAAAAAAUUGACCAGCUGUGAAAAAACUUAGUUCCUACUUAAGAAGCCCUUCAGGAACUAAAAAAAAAAUCUAUUGAAGCCACUAUUUUUCGAUUCAGUGACCACUGUAGCAGUUUUUUAAUCCAGUAAUCUUCUUCCAGUGUUAUAGUUUGUUCAGAUUCCCACUCCCCCGCCCCAUGAAGAUACAGUAAAUUUUUUUAUUGAUGCGGGAAGAUGAUUUUUUAUUAACGCUAUAUUUUUCGAUUUUUUUUUAAAUCAAACAGUUUGGAAAAAAUCUGAAUGGACUAUAAUGCGAUUAAAAAAACGGAUUUUUCGAAAAGUUUUUUUUUACUGAGUGUUUUUUCAAGUGCUCUGCAUUUUUAUCACGACAGAUUCGAGGUGUUCAUAAUCUCAAAUUAAUUAUUUUUGUAUUUCUGAGCUGUUGAUUUUUCAUAAUCUUCAUAUUACAAAAAGUUCACGCCUUUUUUCUCAAAUUACAAAAAAAAUCAAGGUCUCCCUCAUUUUCUCAUGAUAUCUCAACAAUCUCAUAUCGUUUUUUGACUUUAAUCAAAUAAAAAAAAUUUCCGUUCCAUCAAGUUUUUGUUUUCCAGCUGGACCUCUCUUCCCUGGCGGCGGUAAAGACGGUUUCCCUUGUCAAAAUCGCGACGGAAUGCAAAAAAUUGGAACUUUUGCAGGUGAAACUUCAAAAAGAACUUUUUGAAUGUCUGAAUCUUGAUUUUCAGCUGAGAAACUGUACAUAUCUCAACGACGAGGGCGUUUCCGGCAUUUCGAAAAACAAAAAUCUGCGUCACGUCGACCUGAGUGGAUCGAUUUUGGUUUGAAAAAUAGUAUUUCAGUAAGAAAAAUGUAUUUUUUUUUAGAUCUCGAAUAACAGCGUCCAAGAGUUCAUCAAGGCGUUUCCUAUCGAGGCGAAGGUUUGAUCGGAUUUUGUCGUAAUUUAGUUCAAAAACAAAGAAAAAAAUUAUAAAAGGAAAAAGUUCAAACCUGCAUGUGUAGCAUGUAGCAUUUCACGCAAUCAACUUUUGUCAGUUCUAAAAUCUGUAAUUUUUCCAUAUUUUCAACCAAACUUCCCAUUCUUUUUCAAGUACUCAGUACUGAAAAAACUUGGAAACUAGUUGAUUUUUCGAGUUCUUGAUUGAGUUCACCGUUUCUGAGAUUUUAUUAAUGAUGUAAAAAUUGAGAUCAAUUUAUUCAGGGAACUGGUGUUGUGGUGUCAUCUUUACUAGUUAUAAUCUACAGUUUCCAAUAAUUUAAAAAAAUUGUUUAGAUUUUUAAAGAUUUUUUUCACAGCUCGAAAUCGAUUCGAAAAAAACUUUUUUUCCCUUUUUUUGAUUUCAUGAUUUCUUUUUUUACAAAUUUUUCAAAAAUUGAAGGCACCGUUAGAUAUUCAGGAUUUUUCUGUUAACUUUAGAAAAAAAUAUAUGUCCGCUGGAGAUAGUUUUGACUGGUUGAGGAUUUUUUGACCAGUGAGAAUUUAUUGAAAAGCAAUGGAACUUCCAAUAAACGCUACUAAAGACUAUACCUAGCCCGGCGCGAGAGAAAAGCGAGGUCGGUCGCGGUACAUUUAUGAUAUCGUAAAAAUUUUGCUCUGUCCACGCGCAGGUCUCGCGUUUCUCACGCACAAAAAAGUUUGAAAGCUCCCAAAACGGGAGAGGACAGAGCGAUAUGUUAGCGAUGUCGUCAAUGUACACCCAGCGGUCUAGCCUUAAGAUUGGCAGUUAUUCUUCACAAAAUAUAACGGCCGAGUCUGGAGAAAAUGUGAGACGGUCGCUGUACAUUGACUAUAUCGCAAAAAUUUCGCUCUGUCCUCGCGCGGGUCUCGCGUUUUUAGGCGACACUCCGCAUUUCUUUAGCUUUUCUCACGCACAAAAAGGGUUUGAAACUUUCCAAAACUCGAGCGGACAGCGACAUUUUAACGAUGUCGUCAAUGUACCGCCAGCGAUCUGGCCUUAAUCUCGGCAGUUGUUCUUCACUAAAGAUAACGGCCGAGUCUGGCGCUAGAGAAAAGGGAGACGGUCGCAGAACAUCGACGAUAUCGCAAAAAUGUCGCUCUGUCCUAACGUGAGACUCGUUUCUCACGCAGAUGCGAGACCCGCGCGAGGACAGAGCGAUAUGUUAGAGAUGUAGUCAAAGUACCGUCAGCGAUCUAGCUUUAAUCUCGACAGUUAUUCCUAGUGACAUUCCUGCUGGUUUUCAGAAGCCGGCAGUGACUCUGGUCGUCGGCGGAACUGCCGCGGACGCCUCGAAAUUGUCGGUGAGAGGAAGUCGAGUCAUUGUCGACUUUUCCGACUACUCGACGAUCGUUUCGAUCCCUCCAGGCGGUAGCUCGUCGACCUUCCGAAUUGGUAAAUUUUUUUUUUCUUUGAUCGAUCAGAGCGCUAUUAGAUUCGCUCUUAGUUCAAAUCACGGCGUUUUUGUUAGUGAAAAAAAAAAACAAUGUGAAACCGAAACCACAGUGGGCGGAAUCAAAACUUCCGCAGUUCCCACGUGACGUCAUAGGAACAGCAGAGAUUUCGACUCUAGGAGCGUAAAUAACAAGGCAUAUUAAAGGCGCAGAUGGCCGUUGUGCCAGAAGUCUUUGAAACGAAUCGAAACCUUACAUAGACGAAACUUUCUGCAAGAAAGCGACGCAGUGCAUGCACACGACACUUUACGGAGAAAAAGUGGAAACGCCGUGAAAUGAAUUUAAUAUAGCCGAUUCACGGCUAACUUGGAACGCUGAAGGGGCGUGGCGCGCCUGCGCUCUCCACCAACCAGGAUCUAUCUCUUUUAUUAUCGUUUCAAGACCCUUUUUUCGAUGGCUAAAGUCAGAUGUGAAUCAGCUAUAAUCUUCGAUUUUAUCUUACAUUUUGAUCAUGUGCCUUCAAAUCCAAUUUUUCAGGCUCCUGCUCCGACACUGAGGACGCCAGUUCGGACGACGAUUUCGAGGCCCUCACUGCACAACGUAAAUUUUUAUAUUUUUUCCUAGAUCCUGUGAAAAAUAUCAAUUCCAGGCUCUUUCUACAUUGAUGCGGUGUGCGGCGAGGACGACUCGCCCGUGACCGACCAGAAGGAUUUGCUUGAGUGGGCGGAGCGAGAGGCUCGGAACUUGGGUCUCAUCAAAGACUGA